ACCCUCCCACUUAGAGCAAAAGCGCAGGCAUGAACAUUUAUUGAAGAAAACCACACACAAAAAUCUUCAAAACAGCGAAAACGGGAAAAAGAGAAUAUUUAUCCACAGGUCACUAGUAACCAACGUCCAGUCACCUUGAUAUUUGCUAAAAUGAAGCGUCUGCAGUCCACAUUACUUCUGCUACUGUUUGUGCCUCUGAUAAAGCCAGCACCCCAAACUCGGCAAGACUUACACAUUAUCUAUGACUACGGAACAGAUAACUUCGAAGAAACCAUACUUAACCGUGAUUAUGAGGAUAAAUACCUGGAUGGGAAAAAUAUUAAGGAAAAAGAAUCUAUAAUACCUGAUAUGCAAAGAUUUCAAUUACAAAAAGAUGAGAGUGCAACUUUAACCCCUAAAAAAGAAAAUGAAGAAAUGCCCACGUGCCUGCUGUGUGUUUGUCUACUUGGCUCUGUAUACUGCGAAGAAGUUGACAUUGAUGUUGUACCACCAUUGCCAAAGGAAUCAGCAUACCUUUAUGCACGAUUCAACAAAAUUAAAAAGUUGACUGCUAAAGAUUUUGCAGACAUACCUAACUUAAGACGACUCGAUUUUACGGGAAAUCUGAUAAAAGAUAUAGAAGAUAGUACUUUUUCAAAACUUUCUCUAUUAGAAGAACUUUCACUUGCUGAAAAUCAACUAUUGAAACUUCCAGUUCUUCCUUCCAAGCUUACUUUAUUUAAUGCAAAACACAACAAAAUCACGAGUGAAGGGAUCAAAGCAAACACAUUCAAAAAACUGAGUAACCUCACUUUCCUCUACCUGGACCACAAUGCCCUGGAAUCUGUACCGCUUAAUUUACCAGAAAGUCUACGUGUAAUUCAUCUUCAGUUUAACAACAUAACUUCAAUUACAGAUGAUACAUUCUGUAAAGCUAAUGACACUCGUUAUAUUCGGGAUCAUAUUGAGGAGAUACGUCUGGAAGGCAAUCCGAUCAUCUUGGGAAAGUAUCCAAAUAGUUUUAUUUGUUUAAAGAGAUUGCCUAUAGGAUCAUAUAUUUAACCUACCUGUAUAGCAUAUGAGCGGAAAUACAAAUUAUCAUUAUACAUUUCUUAAUAAUAUGUAAAGGAACAGUGCAAAACAUAUAACAAGUAAAAGUCUGAAGGGAAUUAUUUCCAUUAUUAAUGAAAUGAGAGGAUGAAUUGAACAAACUUUUGUCUUCUUUCCUCACCUUUUUUGUAUUCCUAAUGCACUUGAGAGACAUUCCAAAAUUUUUGAGAAUGAUCUUAUACUUUUCCUUUAAGAUUCAUAUAUUACUAAAAAUGUGUUUCUUUCUAUCAGUAGAUAUAUUAUCAUAUUUGUACUUAGCAUGACAAAUAGAGUAUGUCUCAUACCUAGGCAAAACUUUCUAGAUAAAACUUGUGCUUUCUAGUAAACUGCUAAAAUAGUAAUUCUAAACCAUUAUUCUUUUUACAUUCAUAUAGUGUAAAAAUUAUUUUUCUAAGUAGGUAAUGAAGAAUCUUAAAAGGACAACCAAGCUAAAACCAGGAUUCUUGUAAUUGAAAAUCAAUCCCAUUUCUUAGAUACUAUGCAAAAAGUCCUCAAGUAAAGGCGUUCCUAUAUUACAGUGCAAAAUGUUCUACAAGAAAAUAGCUAACUACCAAACUUAAGAUGUGAGAAUAAAAUUCUUACCACACAUCUAUAUGUAUCUAGACAUUAUUUGUUCACAAUAUGACUGUGACUAAUAUUUUUAAAUAUCUAUGGUGAACUAAUAAUGUUCAAUAGUGAGAAUUCAUCUCCAAUAUAUGGUGAUUUAUGGUAACACAAUUAAAGCUGUCCAAUUAAAGUUCCUAAAGUAACAUUUCAAUUACCCCUUAACCACUGAGUUUUAGUUUUCACACUGCUGCAAAGUACAAAAUUUUUAAUUCCUAAAAAACAUGAAUCCAAUCUCUAUGUAUACAAAAUUCCUUGCGCUGUUUCCAGGACAAAAUAUAAACUAGAAUCAAGUUGGUCUCUUUAUACUAGUCCAAGGACUCAUACUUAUUCCUGUUUUAAGCACUUGUUUCAUGUUUUUCUAUACCUAGAAUGACCUCAUUCAUUUUCCAAUUUCAAGGUCAAGACCAAAUUUAAUUGGUUUAUUUUCAUUAAACCAUCUAUAAUCUUUUAUGAUAACAAAAGUUACCUCAGCAACACUGAUUAAUUCUUUUGCUUAUUUUAUUUUUGUAACCAGUAAUCCUGUUUUAAUUUUUUUUCAUUAAUUUUGUGCUUGCCUUAUUUCACUGUGAUUAAAAGCAUGGAACAGGUCUAAUAUAAAACUUCUAUCUCAAAGUACUAGAAUAAUGGUGAGCAUAUUUGAACUGAAUGUAUAAUAAAUAUUAAAAAUAUAUCUAAAUAGAA